AUGGGCACCAAGUCUUUCUUGACAAGGGCCCGGGGUCUGCUCCGCAUCCAAAAUCAGCUGGUGCGGGAAUGCCUGGCUGAGCUGCUGGCCACCUUCGUGAUGAUGACAAUCACCCUGAGCAGCGCUGCACAGAAGAUCACCUUCUUUGAGACGAAGGGGAACCUCCUCACCGCCUACCUGGGAGGCGCCCUGGGUGUCAUGGCAGGCAUCUACGUAGCAGGGGGAAUCUCUGGAGCCCACAUGAACCCGGCAUUCUCCUUAGCCAUGUGCCUGAUAGAGCAGUUUCCCUGGUGGAAGUUUCCCAUCUUUGUGGUUGUGCAGACCUUGGGAUCUUUCAUAUCUGCUGGAGCUGUUUACAUCCUCUACUAUGAUGCCAUCUGGCACUACAGCAAUGGGACCCUUACUGCCUUUGGCCCCCGAGAAACUGCCUCCAUCUUUGUCACCUACCCAGCUGACUAUGUCUCCGUCGCCAAUGGCUUCUUGGACCAGGUGAUUGGCACAGGGGUGCUGAUAUUGGUUGUCAUGGGCCUCAUGGACAUCCGCAACAAGGCUGUCCCCAAGGGCCUUGAACCAGUGGUCGUGGCUCUCUUGGUGCUCUCCAUUGAGUGCUCCAUGGGGGCCAACUGUGGCUGCCCCCUGAACCCUGCGCGGGACAUCGGGCCCCGGCUUUUCAUCUGUCUGGCAGGUUGGGGCCUGGAGGUCUUCAGCAGGGGCAAUGGAUGGUGGUGGGUGCCACUGGUAGCACCGCUGCUGGGGUCCGCCGUGGGCACAUCCCUGUACCAGCUCUUUGUGGCUUUCCACUACCCGGAGGAGGAUAGCGAAGUCCUGGCAGAGCAGGGCUCCAUUGUUCUAGUCAACACCACCAUCGAGCCAGACAUUGGGAUGUCACCCAAGGAGAAGGACACUGAGGAGACAGUGCCUGCUGGGGAUCCCCCACCACUGUGCAUGUGAGAAAUGAACCCCACUCCUCUAUUUAAGACUUUAAUGAAAGAUAAUGAGCGACAAUUAUUAUAGCAAGAGCUACAGUGCUGGGUGCUGGCAAUGCCAGAGACACACCCACCUUGUCAGGCAGCUGUCCUUUAUGCUAUUACAGUUGCACUACUUUCUCAAAUGACUUUGCAGGUUUUUGGAGUCCCUUUAUCACAACCCCACCUCACAUUGCUACAGCAUUUCACAUGGCCACAGUUACAGUGUCUGAGGGUCUGUCACAUUCAUCACAUAGGCAGUUUAGGAUGGUCUUCUGGUGGUCUUCUGAUGCCACUUUAGACUUGAUAUUUUCCUUUUAUGGUAUUCUGUUCUCUGCCUGUGCUAUCUUGGAUAUACAUUUUGCAAUAGCAGCUAUAUCUUGUGAUAUGCCUUUCACAAGCAUGCUUGCUUCUUAUAAUAGCCUCGCUUCAUGCAUUUCCCCUCCCUAUUUUUUUCUUUUUUUGCACAAAAGUGAUUGUUAGAACCCCAGGCACAAAGAAUUUCAGGCUUUCUGUGCUAACAGGCACUGACCUGCAGGAGAACACUAUGUUUGACCUGAAGCUGUAAAAAAUGCUUCCAAAAUUGAGUAAUGGAACCGAGAUUGUUAAUAUGUAGUUUGAAUACAAGUGUGUUAUAUCACAUGGUGGAAAAUAUAGAGUUUAAGGUUUUAGGAUAUAGUAAUAUGUAUGUAGCAAAACAGAAGUUUUAAGGCAUAGGCUUGCCUUGCUUUUUCACCUUCUUCAUCAUGGGUUUGGGUGAUGAUAUGUGAUUGGGUGGAAAACUCUUCAGUGUGAAACACAGGUGUUUGGUGAUUAGGUUAAAAGUAAAAAUAAAUGAGUUGGCAUUUUAUAAUUAGGUAGUUUACACUUAAAAGGCCUUGUAAAGAGAAAUCUAAGGCUCCAUUUUUUAGUUUGUUAGCUUAGUGUGCUGAAGAACUCACAGUCUGUGAGAAUGUAACAUAGAUAAGAAAUUAAAUAAACAUCUGAGUCCAAACAAGAAUACUAUCUCUUGCUGAUUAAUCCCAACCCUGAGGAAAAGAAUCACGAGACAUUUUACAAGCAAUUACAAAUUUUACUAUUCCUGAAGAGCAGUUGAAACUUACAACAAUUGUUUGCAAGCAAUUACAAUUUUUAAUAAAAGUGAAUAAAUUGUAGCAAAAGCUAACUGUUACAUAGCUGUUUAUAACUAACCUCCCUUUGCUUUUUCUUACUAUAUUUGGCUUGAGUUAUGAUUUUCAGCUUUUAUGUUCUUUGUAUACUUGUACCUUUCAUAAAUCACGAGUGCUUCUUCUAAAUUUUUAAUAUUCUUCUUCUUUAGCCUCAUAGCCUUUUUGGGGUUAGUGGGCAUUGUUACAACCUGCAUACUUUGAACUACAUGAGUAAUUAGGCAAAUAAGACUCGGAAGAAAAAUUAAACUUGUUAUAUCACACAGCAUUAUGAAUCUUAUUUUUUUUUCCACCAGGAUGUCGCAAAGAAGCCUUCCCACCAUCCUUUAUCAAUUAUAGAUUCCCACUGUUUGAUUGGUACAUGAGCUAUUUUCCAAAUGUCUUUUGCUGUAUCCAAAACUGUAUCCCAGUUAUCAUCAAUUUGCAGGCAACAGUCAGAUAAGUUAAAUUUUCCGCAAUUUUCCUCCCUCUUCUGCUAACAAAUAGUCUAAAGCAAAUCAAUUUUAUAUACUGUAGCUCUGGUUUGUCUUUGUUUACUGAUCAUUAAUUCCAGGCCUUGGGCUGUUUAUUCACUAUAAUCUCUACAACUGCUUGGAGUCUUGUAAUAAGGUUUAAUAUAUAAAUUGGAGUUUGAUAUCCCUAACUUCCAUCAUAGGCCCCGGUGGCUGGUCCAUAUGUUUGUAUUAUUUGUUCAGGAGGCCAUUCAUCUUUACCCCAGUAAAGAUGGGAUGUCCUCCCAGUCUCUCAAAUUAGUUUUGUUCCCUUUUGUUUCUUUUUAAAGUAUCAUAGCUAGGUACUCCUAGGUUAUUUCCAUCCCAGUUUGGUAAAAGGAAAAAUCCUGGCUGUAUUAUUCCUAGAGUGCAACCUCCUUUCCACUGGGGAGGGAGUUUUGGAUAAGCCCUUUUCCCACAUAUCCAGAAUAGGCCAUCUGGUGCUUUCCAAUAAUCAUGGCUUUGAUGGGUUUUUGAUGAUUUAUGUUUUCCCAGAAUUUUGAUAUUUCAGAGAUCCCUGAAUAGGGAUUCUUCUUAUUAUCAUUACACAAGAAAAGUUCAAUUUCUUUAUUAUAUCUACAGUUCUUUUUUCUCUCUUGAGCUCAAUACUGUGUGAGUCCUUCAGGGAUCUACUAUACAGAAGUUCCAUUAGAAAUUUUGUGUCUUUUACAGGAAGUUGGUCCUACUCUUUUUAGGAAUCUUUUCCCAAUAUGCCAGAGGCAUUCAUCUCCUACUACUUUGGAACUCAAAAUCCACCCUUAGGGCCUGUUUUCUUCUUUUAUGUUAGCCCAGUUCCAUUUGAGAAGUUCAAGCAUGCCUAGGCUAUUACCUUUCCAUGGCCAUUCCUCUGUCAUCAGAGCUCCCACACACACCCAACAAUUGGUAACAUUUAGUCCUUUACUGAUUCUCUCCAGUAAAUUUACAAACAUGUUUUUCCUAGCCUCAGGAUUUCUAUAUAAUUUUUUAACUGUUGUUUGAGCCCUUGGUUUCCAAAAAAACUCCUAGUAACUCUGUGGUAAAAUCUCAGACUUUUUCCUCAUAUUUUUUCCUAAGAGAAGUAAAUCAUCAACAUAUGGGAUAAGUUUUACCUCUGGCACACUAGGGAAAUGUUGCAGUACCUCUUCCAAGGUUUGUCUAAAUAACUUAGAGAAUUUGAUAAAUCUUUGGGAUAAUUUGGUGAAAACAAAUAUAUCUUUACUUUCUUCUGUUAGGGGACAAGCCCAAAAGGCAUCUUUGAGGUCUAUUAUACUAAACUACUGAUGCAAUAGAGGGAUUUUAUUUAUUUUAAUAUAGGGAUUAGGUACUACUGGGUAUCAAUGUAUAUUUCUUUUAUUUACUUCUGUCAGGUCUUGGACAAACCAGUAGGUUCCAUCCAAUUUCUUUGCUGGUAAUAUAGGUGUAUUGUGAAGAGACAUGCAUGGUUCUGAAGUCCCAUCCUUAAGUAAUUAUUGAAUUACCGUAUACAAUCCUUUUCUCUCCUUUAAAAAAAGUGGGUAUUGUUGUACUUGAACUAGGCAGUCUUUGUCAGCUAUUUUUACAACUAAGAGCAGUUGAAAUUUACAAGUGUUUGUAAGCAAUUACAAUUGUUAUUAAAAGCGAAUAAAUUGUAGCGAAUGCCAACUGUUACAUAGCUGUUUAUAGCAAUGCGCCAGCAGCACAGUAUCCCCCACAAUCCCUGGCACACCACUGAAAGUCCUGAGGGCACGGGGUGUCUUGUCUAUGGACAUGGGGGUGCAAGGAUGUGGUGGAGGCCGUGGCCCCCAGCCCCAGGCCUGCCUGCAGGGGGACCGCAGCCUGGGAGACAUGUGCUGCUAGUGUGGGGAUUACUCCACUGGGAUGUGGGGCUGUCCC